GUGAACUAGUCUUACAGGAUUAUAAAACAAACUGACAGAAGUUUUCAAAGUGUAAAGCUCGGGUGCAUUAAGGUUGUUUUUUUCUAAAGCAAAAAGCAGACCUAUUCCAGUUCAUAGCUGAAGAAAUUGCAAAAAAGACGACAAUUUUCCUGAAAAUGGCAUCCAGUAAGCAAGUCCAGGGCAGGUCCUCUGAGCUGAGGGUGGUGCUGCUUGGGAGGGCAGGGGACGGGAUGAGUGCCUCUGGAAACACCAUCCUGGGCAGUGAAGAGUUUCAAUCUGAUGCCAGCUCCUCCUCAUUAACAAAGGAGUGCAUGAAGAAAACAGCUGUAGUUGCUGGGAGACACGUUUCUGUGGUCGACACUCCAGGAUUUUUUCACACAGAUCUCUCUGAAGACGAGGUUAAACUGGAGAUUGGGAGAUGCGUCUCCCUGUCCUCCCCGGGACCCCACGCUUUCCUCCUGGUGAUGCCGUUGGGUCCAUACACAAAGCAAGAGAAGGAAAUAGUGCAGGAAAUCCAGAAGAUGUUUAGUGAGAAAGUUAUGAGGUUCACCCUCAUUCUGUUCACCAGAGCGGAUGAUCUCGAAAAGGGCAUGACUAUCAAGAAGUACCUUAAGAGCAGCCAGGAGCUCCAGGAGCUGGUGACAAAGUGUGGGGGGUGUCACGCCUUCAAUAACAAGGAGGAGAAUCCCACCCAGGUCACUGAGCUACUGGAGAAAAUAGAGAGCAUGGUGGCUGAGAACGGAGGCAGCCACUACACUGAUGAGAUGUACCAGCAGGCACAAACAGCGAUCAGACAAGAGAAGGAGGAGAUAUGUGGUUGUGCCCCGAUGUGUCUGUGUUUGUAAAUACAAUUUUUCUAUUUUCUAAUAUUUUUGUAAGGCUCAUUCAGUUAAUAGUUAAAACAGCUAGAAUUUGAAUACAGUUGUCCACUUUUGCGAGCCAGGACCUAGGUAGUGAAUUAUUAGCAGCUUAAAACUUUCAGUAAUUUGACUAUUCAAUGAUUUCACCUGAACGAUAAACAGAAAUGAUACAGCUUCAUCUGCGUAUUGAUCUUUGCUUCUGGUUUACAUUGAUUUUGGUGCAUUGCUCAGUUUAAAGUUCAACAUAAUUGCA